AUGGCACAAGGGGAGAGGCCAGGACCAGCCUGGGUUCCUCUCUUGGGGGCUGAGCAGGUUGGUGAGUGUUGGCGACUCAAAAACCACACUAAAAGAGAAGACAAAUCUGGCAUUCUAUGCCCAACAAAAAAGCCAUCUUCUGUCCAUUUUUUCCCCAAGAGGACAGAUUCAGAUACCACAUCGAUAGCCAUGUCACAGUCAUUUUACCAAGAAAUGCCCCUCAGCUUCUGCCACAUCACCAGCACUCAGAACGGUGGAAUAACCUUAUUAUCCAUGGGACCACUGACUUCUAAAUCUACCUUAAUGAACCGUUCCCUAGCAGGCAUCAGCGUGGGAAAGCAAAGCCCGAGCUCCUUGCUUCCAAAGAAACAGCGGCUACUGGGCCUUGAUUUGGAGACAUUAAUCUGGGGGGAUGGAGAAGAUUAUUUCCUUUCUUUGUUUGGAGAUUCGAACAAACUUCCUGUGCAUUCAUCCCACAUGGAGGAAGAUGAAAGCAGACACCUCUCUGUGAUUCUUGAAGAAGUUGGCUAGUUUACAACCAGAUCUCUUGGAGAUAUUAAAAUAGCUGAGAUGAAUAUCAAGGGAUUAUUUGUGAGACUUGUUAACUCGUCCACUGACAAAGAAAUGGAGAUUGGAGAUCACAUUCUCCUGCAGAAUGUGGGUGGACAUCCAGUUUCCUCGUACCGUUUCCUCCCCAACAUCACAAUGCAGACCAAUUCCAUGGUGAAGGUGUGGGCUGCAGCCUCAGAUGCGAAGCCACAGCUACCAACAGACUUCGUUUGGGAAGAGCAAAGCAGAUUCUGGUGGAGUCCAGACUGGACAAGCAUCCUAUGCAAACCGAACAGCAAGCCUAUCACCUGGUAUAUUCCGAUUCACUAACAAACUUGGGAGAAGUUAGAGGCUGACAUUGAAUUCGAGAGAUGUUCAGUCACCGUCCCAUCACUACAAAGCCAUAUGUUUUGGUGGACGACAUCUGUGACUUCCAUAAGUAGAGAAGGACAAGGUCUGCCAAAGAAAGAGUCCCCUAAGUGUCAGAUAGAAGUGGUCCAGCCUUCACUCACAAAGGAAAUGGAAAUCCCGCCAACCAUUUUCUCCAACUCCAGCCCUUGGUGUCGCAGUCCCUACACCCCUCCACAUCCACAUCCUUUCUGUUCUCUGAUUGAACCGUACUACUCAGACGUUUCCAAGAGCAGCUUGAGGCCACGGCUCAAGUCUCAACCAACCAAUCCUGACGCAGCCACAGCAGGUCUGUGACAGCUCUUUACCCUGUGACAAGAACCUGAGGGAAACACUUGAAGGAGGAGAUGCUUUGCCUCAUGGUUUCUGUGGCUUUCUAUCUCGUGGGAGCAACUCUAUACAUGGAAGAAUGGGUGGUGGAGGAAAACUGUUCAUCUCGAGGCAGCCAGGAGGCAGA